AUGAAAAAUAACAACGUUAACAUCAAAGACAUCAUCAAAAGAACUCCUUUGGUAGUCGGUGAAAAAUGGUAUCUCAUCAAUUUUGAAUGGUUUGACAAGUGGUCAAAGAAUAUGUUGGGUUUGGGUCCAAUCGACAACUCAAAUCUUCUUGUUGCAGGAACAGAUUUCAUCAAACCAGGGCUAAUAGAAACUACCCAUUUUGAAGUUGUUCCAGAAAAAUUAGGAAAUGUUAUCUACAUUGUUGAUGGUGUACAAGAUGUAAUCCCAUGUCAAUCAAAAUUGAUCAUUCUAUCAUAUCCCAAUCCCAAUAUCUAUCAUAGACAUACAAAAGAAUGCACUUAUAGAAUGUGGAUGCCAAUAUGGAAACGUGUGACCUAUCGUCUAAUGAUCACAGAUCAUCACAAUAUGAUCAAUUAUUUAAAAGUACGAGAUUUGGAUAAUCCAAGUUACUCUAAAAUUGGAAAAGCAUUUUUUAAACAAAUUUGCCUCAACAUGCUUUCUCAAUCUUCAUUUGAAUACCAUUCAUUACCCAAAAACAGUCCAUUUAUCACAGAGGUACCUAAUAGUAUUCAAGAAAGAGAUCUCGAAUCGUUACAUUAUUAUCAUAAAGUAAAUAAAUAA